AUGACACACCUCCUCCUUGAGCCUUCUCUUCUCGACAGUUUGGCUGGGAAAGUGGCCGUAUUGACGGGCGGAGCCACUGGUAUCGGCCACUCAACCGUUCAGCAACUGUGCAAGUAUGGUGCAAAGGUAAUAUUCGGCGACAUCCUCGAGGAGCCGUCGCGACAACUGGAAUCCGAACUCAGUCCAAAUGUCCACUUCGUCAAAUGCGACGCCUCGAGCUACUCGGAUCAGCUCGGACUAUUCAAAUCCGCUCACGACAAGUUUGGCAGAGUGGAUAUUGUAAUCGCGAAUGCCGGGAUCUCGAUCACAAAGGACAUAUUCGACCCCGCUGAGGAUAUUACGCAGGAGCCUUCCAUGAAGGAAAUCGAUAUCAACACCAAAGGUGCUAUUUUCAGUGCACGCAUCGGUAUGCAUUACUUGCGACAAGCCGGGGGCGGAGAUCUGGUGCUUGUGAGCAGCAUUGCCGGGUUCAAGGAAUGCGGGGGGGCUGGUCACCUACACGGCCAGCAAGCAUGGCGUGAUUGGGGUGAUGCGGGGCCUUCAUUUGACCGCGACCCCGCAGAAUAUCAGGGUGAAUGUCAUUUUAAGUUCCUCAUUGUCUAUUGUCUGUCCAAUUUUAAUGAUUGCUUAGGAACACGGAUGGUUCUCGGGAUUGAAAAGGGUUGGUAUGAGCGGGGCUUACCGGUCAAUGAGCCCGAAGAUGUCGGUAGAGCCAUUUUAAUCUGUGCUACUGCUAACCGGGGCACGGAUGGACUGACUCAUCAGGGCGCUCGUCUUCCAUUCGCCGGUAAGAUUGUGUAUGUAUCGGGUGGGGAGAGUUACGAAAUCGAAGAUGGCAUCCAGAAGUUAGAACCAAAUUGGUUGGGAAAGGAAAAUAGCCAAAUCCUUGAAAAGGGACAAGAAUAUCUUGCGUCGGACAGCACAAGCUGGGAUGAGUCAAAGCUAUCUUGA